AUGACUCUUUUUUCCUUUAUAAUUCCUAUACCAAUAAAAACAGCAAUAUUAACUAUUUUAUGUAAAAGAGGUUAUAUUGAAGAUUUGCAUACAUUUAAUUCAUUAAUAAAUCCCAGUAUAAUUGAGUUAGAUUUGAGCGAAUGCGAAGUUACAAAUGAUUUAUUGCAAAGUUUACACAAAUGUGUUCAUCUUCAAAAGCUGGAUCUUGCAUUAGCAAGAAAGCAAAAAAGAUUUAUAACCACAAAAAAAUUAAAUGAUGAUGUGAUUGAAAAAAUUACUAAGAAUUGUGCCAAACUCAAAGAACUUCAUAUUCCUCAUUCAUCAAUCACAGAUAUCAGUCUUAAAUGGAUUGGAAAUAAUUUAAAUAAUUUAUCUGUGUUAAACAUCUUGGGAACUCAGACCUUAGUUGAAAUUAACAUUGAUAAAUGCCCGAAUGUGACACUUCAAUCUAGUCUUGUCAUAGCGGAAAAACUUCCAAAUAUAAAAAUUUUUAAUUGUGGUUUUUUAGGAGAUGAUGGUAAAUUAGAUUCUGUUUUAAAUAAAAUGAUGGCUCAAGGAAAGCAAAUUUUUUGGACUUUAUAG